AGGCUCGUUUUUCCGGACAAUAUCAUUCGCUGGAGCUCAGGAAGUUUAUUCUUAUUAUUGUCGGGACUGUGAUAUAGAUCGAUUGCAGAAAAUUUUGGCUUUUUCUUUGUACAUUUCCUGACAGUUAUUCCCUUGUGUUGAAAUAUUAAAAGUGGCAGGACUUCUAGGAGCGAUUAAUUUAUUUAGAUCAUACAGCUUUGGAGAACGAAUACAGUUACUUGUUUAUAUGGUUAGUUUAUCAGUGAAAUUUAAAUAUUUUUGAAAUGCAAUAACGUGUUUUAUGUGAUAUAGGAGGCUAAGAGAUACAUACUUCAAAAGAGCUGUACAAAUAAAAUUUCUAAUAUUUAACCGAACUCCAAUGUUUUACUAAAAUCUAUUAUGCGAGUAUAUUCUUCAGAAGUAUAUCAGGCACGUGACAUUUUUAAUGAAAGAUGAGAGUAAAAUUAAUGUCACAGAAUUCACAAAUAGUUGAUACAUAUGUCAGGUCUACGAAAACGUUCAUCUUUCAUUCUCUCGCAUUCGUAUAUUCUCGUUACUCUGUCAUUAGAAAAAUAUCUCAAUAUUACAGCUGGAUGUAAGAAAUAUAUCAUGAAAAACAAGCUGCCACACAAACAACGAAAGUGCCUAUUGGAGCUGCCAAUAUUAAACUGAGUAGAAAUUUGAUUAAAAGGAAAGACUGACCAUUUUGGUAAUACGAUAAGGCGGGAAAGUAGAUGCAUGGCAGCUUCAGGCAAGAGGAUAAUAUAGAUAAGUUUGAACUGAACCAGCAAAUAAUGAUAUUAUCUUCGUUUGUUUUCACUGAUCUGGGGUUGAGAAUAGAUGGAUGUCGCUCCUAAUGAGAAAGAUCAACUGUUACUUUUGUGGCUUAUGAUAUUUGCACAAAAGAUCACUGAGUUGCCCUUUGACAGUCCUCCAGACUUUAUUGAAAGAUUUAAUACUGUGUGAGCAAAAGUGGACUCAUUUUGUGUUUGUUUUGAUAUCUUUAACUUUUAAUUUCAAUAUUAUAUGAUCAAUUUGGAUAUUUUUAUUAUAUUUAAUGUGUUUUCACAAUGGAGGAUCUAACCUGCAGAAUUGAUGGCUUAAAAGUGGAACAGAAGGCCAAAGCAAAAUCAGCCACGCCUCCCAGUGACGAACGUGAAGAUGAGGCAUCGAUCACCCCACCACAUCCGAUCGCCAAACGGUCCCGACGUGGCGCUGUCAGCGCGGAAGUCUAUAAAGAGGAGGAUGCUGCUCAAUACGUGAAAAAGGUUGUUCCAAAAGACUACAAAACAAUGGCUGCCCUGUCGAAGGCCAUCUCGAAGAACGUCCUGUUCUCCCACCUUGAUGACACAGAGAGAAGUGAUAUUUUCGAUGCCAUGUUUCCUGUGCACAGACAUGCGGGAGAAGUCAUUAUUCUGCAAGGUGAUGAGGGUGACAACUUCUAUGUGAUAGACAACGGGGAAGUGGAUGUGUUUGUUAACAAUGACCAUGUGACAACAAUCGGAGAGGGCGGCAGUUUCGGUGAGCUUGCCCUUAUCUACGGGCUUCCUCGGGCUGCAACAGUCAAGGCGAAAGGCGAUGUCAAGCUGUGGGGAAUUGAUAGAGACAGCUAUCGAAGAAUCCUUAUGGGAAGCACAAUUAGAAAGAGGAAGAUGUAUGAAGAAUUCCUGGCUAAAGUUUCAAUACUUGAGAAUCUGGACAAGUGGGAGCGCCUUACAGUGGCAGAUUCCCUGGAGCCCGUACAGUUUGAAGAUGGCCAGGAAAUUGUGAGGCAGGGUGAACCGGGAGAUGACUUCUUCAUCAUCCUUGAGGGCCAGGCAGCUGUGUUACAGAGGCGUUCAGAUAACGAAGAACCAGUGGAAGUGGGCAGACUCGGAACAUCAGACUACUUUGGUGAGAUUGCAUUACUAUUGAACCGUCCAAGAGCUGCCACGGUGAUUUCACGAGGACCUCUCAAAUGUGUCAAGCUGGAUCGCGGCAGAUUUGAACGUGUUCUAGGGCCCUGUUCAGACAUUCUUAAACGAAACAUCUCACAAUACAAUAGUUAUGUGUCUCUGUCAGUGUAAUAGUAAUAGGGGCUUAUCAUUUCAAAUGGACUUUUAGAUAUAUCUUUUCAAACUCCACACCAUGGUUAUUAACCCUUUGCUGUAUAAUAAUCACUGCCGUCACAAUCAAUAUGUGAUGAUCAUCGAAAUCAAGUGACUUUCAGCAUAUUUUAAAAAAUAUUUCAAAUAUACAUUGUUAUAUAACUUAAAUGUAUAAGUUUAAACUGAACAAUACAGCAUUAAGAUAAAAUAAAAAACAUGAAAAGUGGACAGCUGAAAUCCAGCUAUUUUCCUGAAGUUGUGGCAGAGGUUAGCUCUGCUGUCAAGGGAGAUCACUCUGACUGUGUUGGAGAUCGACAGCUAUUAUCUAUUAGUGUUAAGGCAUUGACUUAGAGAGGUUUGAGGGGAGAUAAAUAGGGGCAUGGUUUUGUUUAGAGUUGUGUCUGGUGUUAUGGCAUUUGUUAGAAAUAUUAAACUAGGGUGGGUAAAGAGUUGGAAUAUAUGAAACUUUGGCAUAUAAACGCUGUUGAAUGAAGGGAUAUUUGUUAAAGAUGAGCAUUCUUAUAAAAUAAAACCAAUUUCUUUCCUUUUUUAUAAAUCAAGCUUCUGAAAGAUACAUGUAUGACCAUUAUAUCAUAUAUAAUUAUGAUUUCUUGAAAUAAAUUAUGAUAAACUACUUUAUAACUGGGGCAUAUUCCCGUAUGACUCUAGUGAGCCAUCGACAUGCAAGGGUUUGGUCUCAAAAUGUCACAUGGGGCUGAAGUGGGACGUGUGUCCCCACUGGCAAGAACAUUAUGAAGAAUACAGAAACAAAAGACUGAUUUUUCUGAAUGCCAUCAUUCUGUGAAAUUACAAUGAACUUGAACCAGUAAUAUGUUGCAUGUACCAGUAUAAGAGUACAGUAGUUCUCACACACUUUUUCAAGAAGCCUUCCUAUAUUCCUUAUUUCGAUAUUUAAGCACUUGCCAUUUAUGGAUAACCAAUAUAGAUUUGUACGCCAGGGCGUACUGGAGUAUGCCUAGGUGCGCCCCGGGUAACUACCAAGUUUUAAGGUUGAAAUCUCAGGUUAUGGCUUGGUUAAGACUUGUGUAGUGUACAAUACUUGAUAACAGCUUGAGGUGUUCAUAAAAUGCAUACAUAGCUCAUUAUUGAGCAAUAGAUGUGGCAAUUACUUGGAGUUUCUACCGCCCUAUAUACUAACAGACUUUUUAUAACAAAAUGAUUUAUUGAAUCCAAGUCCUUAUGCACUUGUUUUUCCAUGGUUAAAAUGCGACUUGUGAAUCUCUCCAUUCGUUAUGAGUAAUAAUUUAUAGAGUGAUUUGACAUCAUGUCAUUUUUCAUGAGUGAUGUCGGACAUACGACAUUCAAAAUUAACUGAAAUUAAUAUCAUAAAACACUGAUUCAAAGGUAGUCUUGAUAAAAAAAUUCUGUAUGAAUUAUUAAGAUAUUUCUAGAUGGCAAAUGAUCAUUAUCAUGCUGUUGACAUUAAUCUGCAUAUCUUAGAUAGGGAUAAAAUAGCAAUAACUUACCAAAAUAUGACUUUGUGCAAGACUGUCUAUUAUGCGUAUAUUUAAGCAUAAAUUGUUAUGUAUUGAAAUGUUUAUUGUUACGAAUGCAUCUGAGAAUGUGUUAUUAUAGGUGAUUUUUAUUUCAUUUUCAAAGAUUGCAGCUUUUCAUCACAUUUUUUUUAUUUAUGCAUUUAGAAGUUUUAGAAAUUUCAUUACCAUAUCAUCCAACCAUUGAUCAUGAUGUUUAAAUGUUUUCGCAUUUAUUGUAAUUCUUUAAAAGAAAGUUAAAAAUUCUAAUAAGAAACACACUGCUUUAAGAGCACUGGUUGUGAUGGUGCCAUGUUCUGAUCGAAUAAAAUGAAAUAAAGAAUGAUGGGUGCCAAAAAUCUGCGAAAAUUUAUUAUAUUAUAAUCACAAUGAGUUUUCCAUGAACUUUAUAACUUAUUAACCAUAAAAUACAUGUGUUUAAUAUCAUUUGUUGAGGCAGUAUGUUGGGUAAAUUUGAAGUAUUUAUUACACAAAUGAUGUUUUCAUACCAACAUUAUAAUUGAUUUACACUUACGAUUAUUCCUGAUUUGAUGAACGAUUGUAGUCUAUUACAAUCAAUAAUGAUAUUUAUCCAAUUAUUAUUCAACACUUAAUGAAAGUAUGUAAUGGAUUAUUAGAAAUAUUUCUUAAAAAAAAAAUAAAAAAAUAUGUAAAUCAAAAUAAUGUUUCUAGUCUAAUAAUCCGCAUCAGACUUUUUAUAAUAAUUUCGGUUGCGGUUUCUUGUUACAUUUUUAAACUUUUGAAUAAUAAAAAAUCUUGUUUCCAUGCCUGGUAAAUAAAUUACUAAACCUUCAUAUAACAUCAACAUGAAAACCAAUUCUUAAUUUAUUUACUGAUUAUAAACGGGUAAAUUUGCUUGAAACUAUGUUACACCAGUAAUGUUACUAUGAUGUUUUGCUUGAAAGCGAUAAAGGAAGUUAAACAUGUAUUUUGAAACAUUUCUUAGUUACGUUAGGUCCGAAUUUUAAGGUAGUGAUACAAAAUUUUGAAAACUAAAUCCAAGAUGAUUUUUUGUUCAACAUUUUAAUUGGAAUAAUUAAAUUUCGUUUUAAGGCUAAACAUACUUGUAACCACUCCUUUAGUGAGCCAUGUAUAUGCAAAACCUGUUAUCCAAUUUGGAUUGUUAAACGCUUCUCCAUUGGUCUGAUGAAUCAGAAUGCUUAACCAUUGGUCGGAUGUGAUGUUAAAUGCCUCUCCAUUGGUCGAAUGGAUGUGAUGUUAAAUGGCUCUCCAUUUGUCGAAAGGAAGUUAUGAAUGUGUUAUAAAAUGCAUGAUAUAGAACGUUUGUUGGACUAUUUGACAGUCUAUUUAUUAACCGAAUUGAUUGAGAUUACUAGCAGCUUUUGAAUUAUGUACAUAUUGUAUAAUCCAGAAUCCAUAAAUUGUCCAGGAACUGUACUUUUGUUGUUGAAUAAACAAGAAUAUAUACAUACCGGGUAUUGACAUGAAAAUCAUGUUACAUGCACUGCUAUAGUUUGUGAGAAUCUUUGUGAUUGGAUUAUUAGGACUGAAUCAGUUAUAAGUAUUUGCAUUUUUGUAAAAUAAUGAAAUGAUUAUAUUGCUGUUACAUUUUUAAUUGUUGAAAUGAAGAGUAGAAUUAUUCUGUAAAACACUACAAUGUGCGGUGUAGGUAUCAUGCUGUUUUAAAUAAAAAUGAUAUUAAUGCAUAAUUGCAUAUAAACAAGCCAGAGUAUACAUUGUAUGUUAGCUAGUAUUAGAAAUCUUUUUGAUAGCAAAUAUCACAUACGGUAAGCAGGAAAUAUGACAUCAUUCCUUACUGUUACAUGAUAGGGAAAAGUGAUCAUUCAAAUAUUUUCUAUAUUAUAAAGACCCAUUUCUGCUCGUUGCAGUUCAAUGCUUAAGGAGCUUUAAUAGGCCAGUCAUUGAUGUAUUCUUGUAAGUAUGGUGUACCUUUUGAGCCAAAAAUCAACAUUUUUCAGUACAUCCUUGAUACUUUAAUACCACUAUUUAAUUUAUACUUGCAGCUUUUGGUCUUUCUCCGGGGAAAAAGAGUAUUUGUACUUACCUAGAUGUGUUUGCAGUUACCAUGCCAUUUUAUGUAUAAAAUAGUAUGAAAGUCUACUGUACUGUAGGGUUUCAAUGUUAAAACAACAAAAUAAUAUAAGACUAUACACAAUGAAAAUGUAAACCACUUUUUUACUAUGAAAAUAUAAUCCUUCUUAACGCAAAUAUAAACCAUGUUUAAAUAUGUAGUCCAUUUACAGGUUUUUGGGGGGUUUUUUUGGCUUAAAUGUACUUCAUAAUUUAGUCCUUAGCUUCGCAAAUCUAGACCAGUGACUGCUGAAAAUUGAAUUAGUGAUUUUUAAAUGUGUGUAUCUUCUGUAUUAUUGUAUUGAUAUUUUACAGGCAAUGUAUUGAGUUGCAUAGACGUAUUGUAGGAAUUAUGUUAAAAUCUGUGAAUGGAAUGUGUAAAAACCUGUAAAACAGUUACAUGAUAUGGUUUGAAUAAACAGAUAAAUGUA